UCUAUUUUAAUAUAUUUCACAUAUAUUACAGUUUAUAUGGGUGAAUAUACUAACAAUAAAUUAUAAUAUAUGAACUGUACGAUUGAGUAUUGUAUAUCACAAUGCAAAUGAUGCAUGGUUUUAAUUUAAUCAUACAUCCUUUGUUAUCCUCAAUACUGUUUUAUUCCAUAAUGUGAUCAACAUUUGAGCAGGGAAUAAAAAUAAAAAUACAUAAAAUGCUGUCAUAUUAUUUCUCCAUUAGAUUAGUGUGUAAAACCAGCAGCUUCAGUGAAGACUGUCACAAUUUAUCCUACCACAUAUGCUGAAAUUUGUAUAUUCCUACUGUGUAUACCCAAAUAUCCAUUGCAGAAUAAUGUUCUGUGUUGAUAGUGUCAAAGACAAUUCUGCAUAUGAUCAGUGGAGAAUGUGUGUACAUGCUAAAAGUCACAGCAUGACCUUUGCUCUUGAUAUGUGUGAUGUGUGUAUAUCGUGAUCCCUUGGUCUGGAUGAUGUUAAAGGCCAAGCUCAGACUGCUCAGAUCAUAUGUCUGUGUGUAAUGAGGGAGGGUGUGGGAACCUCAGCAAGAGCCAAAGCCUCUCAGUUCAUAAAAGCAUCCAAUGCAUACGGCAUCAAGCAUAUGGUACGGUGGUGUGUUCAGGCACUUUCUUUUCAGUUUUCUUCCGGAGAUGGACAUGUUUCCGAAAGAGUUGCGCAUGCAAACCCUCUGUGACAGCACAGCCAUACAGGAAGUCAUCCUGUGCUAGGGCCAUUUCUGCAAUUUCAGAACAGCGUCACGACCCCAGUUUACAAACUCUCCAACCGUGAUUGUAAUGGUGGGGCUGCCUGCCAGAGGAAAGACUUAUAUCUCCAGGAAGCUUACACGCUACCUCAACUGGAUUGGAGUCCCAACUCAAGUCUUUAAUCUGGGCCAGUACAGAAGAGAAGCAGUCAAGAGUUACAAAAACCAUGAAUUCUUCCACCCAGAUAAUGAAGAGGCCAUGAAUAUCCGCAGGGCUUGCGUUUUCAAGGCCCUCAAGGACAUUGCCAACUACUUCACUAAGGAGCAGGGACAAGUAGCAGUAUUUGAUGCCACUAACACCACAACGGAGAGGAGAGGAAUCAUCACCAGCUUCGCCAAGGAGAGGGGCUACAAGGUGUUUUUUAUCGAGUCGAUUUGUGAUGACCCAGAAAUUAUUGAGGCAAAUAUAAAGGAAGUGAAACUGAAUAGCCCGGACUAUGAGACCUGUGAUAAAGACGAGGUGCUGGAGGACUUUCUGAAGCGCAUUGAAUGCUACAAGAUGACUUACAUUUCCCUUGAUGAUGAAAAGGACAGGAAUAUGUCCUACAUUAAGAUCUUCAACGUGGGCACCAGAUAUCUGGUGAACAGGGUUCAGGACCAUAUCCAGAGCCGUAUAGUGUACUACCUCAUGAACAUCCACGUCACACCACGCUCCAUCUACCUCAGCAGGCAUGGGGAGAGCGAGCUGAACCAGUUGGGCCGCAUCGGAGGAGACUCUGGCCUUUCUUCACAAGGCAAAAGGUAUGCUGGUGCUCUGUCAGAGUUCAUCAGAAAUCAGGCGAUAAAAGACCUAAAAGUGUGGACGAGUCACUUGAAACGGACCAUACAGACGGCUGAGGCUCUGGGAGUCACUUACGAGCAGUGGAAAGCCCUGAAUGAGAUCAAUGCUGGUGUGUGUGAGGAGAUGACUUAUGAAGAGAUCCAGGAGAACUACCCAGAGGAGUUCGCGAUGAGAGACCAAGACAAGUAUCGGUACAGAUAUCCCAAAGGAGAAUCUUACGAAGACUUGGUGCAUCGCCUAGAGCCGGUCAUCAUGGAGCUGGAGAGACAGGAGAAUGUGCUGGUCAUCUGCCACCAGGCAGUCAUGCGUUCUCUGUUGGCCUACUUCCUGGACAAAAGUGCAGACGAACUUCCGUACCUUAAAUGUCCACUCCAUACUGUACUCAAACUAACACCAGUGGCCUACGGAUGCAAAGUGGAAUCUAUUUACCUAAACAUCCAAGCAGUCAACACACACAGAGAAAAACCUGCGAACGUGGAUGUGACAAGACCUCCAGAGGAAGCACUUCGCACAGUUCCUGAACAUUUCUAACACAGCUUAUACAACACUUAGUUCCAAAAGUGACGAUAUUCAGUAUAACAGCUCUGUUACGUUUCAGUGUUUCUAUCACUCCGCUCGACUGUGUUCGCCACAUAAAAUUGCAAGUGUAAGAAUAAUUCAUUUCACUGAAACCGUUACUGCACUUACUGCCGUCUGUCAGUCAGUCUGAGUAUUACACUGCAUCACACAACGCUCUAUCCAGCUGUGGCUUCUGUGGGAACUAUUUUUGUUGACGGAGGAAAAAUAAACAAAAUCUUUGGCCAUA